GUCUUCCUGCCUCCCUGUCGACCAACCAAUUCGUUCCCCCUCCCGAGAAGAUAGCGCCCCCUAUUCUCAGGAGAGAACCCAGUCAUCAUGUCCGCGCCAUCGUUCCCCGAUACGGUGUUCUCGCUGUGUCCCGUCAACAAUGUUGCGAUAUCUAUCGUAACGGGUGUCAGCUUCACAAAUCUCUCCUAUGACUCCCGCGGAGGACCCCGGCUCGAGUUCGGAUACCGGUGGACCAGCCAGGAUAGGAAUCCACUCCUCACGUUCGCGACGGUCGGUAGCUUGGGUAGGCAAGUUGAUGUCUAUGACUCGACUGGAGUCCUUGCUCCUGUCCAUUGCGCCUUCGUCGUCAACUACAAGACCGGUGUUCUGCUGGUCGAGGACAGGUCCAACGGACUCACUCAAAUCUGUCCUCGCCACGGGGAGACCUUUGCUUCGUUUAUACGUACCAAAGAAGGAUGGCCGCGGGUUGCCAUCGUCGACGGGAUUAACUCGUAUAUCCUCUUGGGCGACGCAGAUGGCCCCCAGGCCAAGUUCUUCGUCGACGUGCACAAGUCUCCAGACCAGAUUCUAGACCAUGUGCAGAGGCGAAUGGCGGCGUUAGAUUUGGCAACACGACGUAAAUGUCUUCGCACAUAUCCCGGCCAAACACCUGCCCCGGAGGGCGUUAGAAUCCUACACCACCCCUUACAGGAAUUGGGACGUGGUGGCUUUGGUAGGGUCAUGAAGACUGUCGAUCUCUACUCGGGUGAUUUUCUGGCCGUAAAAGUGCUGGCCCGCCCCCGAGACCCUCAGAAGUAUGCCAACUGGGUUAAAUCCGUCAAGAUGGCGCGGGAGCGCGAGGUGGCAACCAUGCGACGGAUUUCACACCCCUACGUGGUGAGGUAUCUCGGCUCUCAGGGGUGGUCCACUUCCAACGUCGAGAUCUUCAUGGCGAUGAAGCGCGGCAGCCUGUACAACUUGGUGGACCGGCACCAGAACCCCCAGGAGUUGGUCGGCCGCAUCGCCAACCCGGUGACGCUGCAGAUCCUCAGCGCGCUCGACUGCCUCGCCUUCAACCGGCUCGUCCACCGUGACGUCAAGCCCGACAACAUCCUCUGGGAGUUCGACGAGCGCGGCGACUACGUCUUCAAGCUCGCCGACUUCGGGCUCGCCAACGACGAGGCGCGCGCCCGCAGCAUCUCCGGCACCGUCGGCUACGCCGCCCCUGAGAUAUGGGAGCGCGGUCGCCAGUCGCCCAAGGUCGACAUGUGGUCCUUCUUCGUUACGCUCAUGUGGCUCAUCGAGCCCGACUUCCGCUCCUGGGUCGACGACGGUGAGGCCCGCGCCAUCCACCGCGCCGUCAUCCAGGCCGCCAUAUACGACGUCCGCUUCCGCAACACGCGCGAGAUGGCCAUCUACGACCCCGGCCUCCGCUCCUCCGCCGCACACUUCCUCGCCAACGUCUUUCAGCGCCCCUCGUACCUCACCACCCCCAUCGCCGAUAUCCCCAAGCGUCACCCCGACCACUUCGACUUAUGGAUCCGCAGCGUCUACGAUGGCUCCAGCCCAUACAGCCAGGCUAUCAAGGAUAUCAUGCCGUGAAGCGGCCGAGUAGUAUAUAUACAUGGUGUAGAUAUAAUCCUGACAGUCUCGGGAGGUGGGGGGGGAAUGGGGAGUGCUGACUUUAUGCUUGGUCAAGGAGUAGGCGUUUAUAUAUACAUAUAUCAGCUCUUGUAUUCAUUGCUUGUAUUGCUAUCGAGAUUACGAGUAUAGGUGGGAAGCGCGUGGACGCCGUGUAAGUGGAUUUCCAACAUUUGCCUUGUGCGGGUUAUGCUGCACGGCU